UUACUCGAUGGAUUAGUCAAAGUGGACAUGAACUUGUUCAUCUACUUCAAUUAUGUGAAAUAUCAACAUUAAAUGAAAAUAAGAAUAAUAAUGAUCGAUUCAUCAUUGAAACAUGUUUACGAUAUUUCCUUAAAGAUAAUUCAUAUUCAUGUGGCAUUUUUUCUUCGAAUAUAUCAAAUUAUAUUGAACAUCUAUUUAUUUGGCGUAUAUUAUGUGAAUUAAUAAAUGACGAAGAUGAUGAUACAAAUAUUCAUCCUGAUUUUCAUGAAUUUAUAUCUUGUCUUUACCGUAUAAUAAAAUCUUCAGUUAAUGAAAAAUUAUCUGUAACAAAAGAAUUUAUUAUCUGUCAAUAUGUAUCGAUUCUUUCAACAAUUGAUAUGUUUGAUAUUUAUCGACGUAAAUGUGAUGAAACUAUGAGUCGUUGUAUACUUAUACAUGACGGCCAAUAUGAAACUAGAAUUAAACAAGUUCAUCAAAUGAUACGAUAA